AGAGUAGAGGAGUUCCAGCUAGAUAAAGAGUCUGAGCUGAGGUUUGAAGUAGAAUCUGGAUCAACUGUUCAAUUGGAGUUAAUCAAUGGCAAGGCAGAGAUAUUUGGCAGUGAACUGACUUCUGGGCGAAAAUAUUCCUUCAAUGCUGGCUCAAAAGUUGCUGUAUUUUCAUGGCAUAGCUGCCAAAUCAAACUGACAGGUCGCACUGAGGUAGCUUAUAUAUCCAAGGAGACACCAAUGGUUGUGUACCUGAACGCACAUGUAGCACUAGAACAGAUGAGAGAGAAAUCAGAGAAGGACGAAACUAGAGGUCCACGGCUUUUGGUUGUUGGACCUUCUGAUGUUGGCAAAACUACAUUAUGUAAUAUGUUGUUGAACUAUGGUGUUAGAAUGGGCAGAGCACCAGUAUUUGUUGACCUUGAUGUAGGACAGGGUCAGGUAUCUAUACCAGGUACAAUGGGAGCAUAUGUUGUUGAAAGACCAGCUGAUAUUGAGGAAGGAUUUACCCAGAGUGCACCACUAGUGUUCCAUUUCGGUCAUACUACACCAUCUAAAAAUCUCACAUUGUAUAACUUACUGGUUUCUCGAAUAGCUGAUGUAAUGAAUAUGAAAUGUGAUGAAUUUAAAAAAGUGAAUCAUAGUGGAGUUAUUGUAAACACUGGUGGUUGGGUAAGAGGUUCAGGGUAUGAUUCACUCAAGCAUGCUGCCGGCUCAUUUGAAGUUGAUGUGAUAGCUGUUAUGGAUCAGGAAAGAUUAUAUAGUGAACUAAAGAGGGAUAUGCCAGACUUCGUUAAAAUCAUUCUACUACCUAAAUCAGGAGGGGUUGUAGAAAGAAAUCAGACAUCAAGAUCCGAGUCGAGGGAUGCUAAAGUUCGAGAAUACUUCUAUGGACUCAAAAACUCACUUUUUCCUCACACUUUUGAAGUGAAUUGUGUUGAUAUAAAGAUAUAUAAAAUUGGAGCUCCAGCAUUGCCAGAUUCCUGUCUACCAUUGGGAAUGAAAUCCCAGGACAACAAGACUAAACUAGUCCCCCUAACACCUGGAACCAGUCUUUUACAUCAUGUAUAUAGUAUAAGUUGUGCAGAUUCUACAGAAGACAAUAUUUUAGAAACUAACAUCAUAGGAUUUGUUGUUUUUACUGAGUUUCAUCCAGAGAAGCUUUCAUUUACAGUUUUAUCACCUGCACCUCAUCCUUUACCUAAACAUAUCUUAUUACAGACUGAUAUACAAUUUAUGGACAUUCAAUAAAAAUUAUCUGUGUCAAUACUGUCUCAUAGUUUCCUUGGAAUAAAAACAAACAAGCAGUAAAAUGAGUGUUGAGGAAUCAAACAUGCCGGUCAUGGAGACUGGAACAUAGAAAAAUGUAAAUGGUGCUAAACAGUCAGUGGUUUAGAGACUAUAGUGUUAAGAGUGUGAUAAGGAAAAUUGACUAGAGAGGAUGAUGUGUUCUAUGCUGAAAUAUAUAAGCCAUAUGAAGCCAUAUGUAUUAAAAGAUUGUACAGCUGUUUUUAGUUUAAAUGCAGAAGUAAGUCCGGCAUCUACAAGUAUACUGAUUGAUGUCCGGUUAAAUGUAUAAGACAGUAUAAAAAGAAUACAUGAUUAUAUCAUUCUCUGUAAUACAAAAGUUAGAGAAAAAAAAUAAGAUUUUAUGCAUACAAUUGUGAAAGUUGAAUUGAAAAUCAAAACAAGAUAGGGAAAUUAUUUUAACUGCAAAACUUUUCUUAAAUUAAAUGAAUAUAUAAUUGAUAAAACUGAAGAACAUGAAUGCAGAUUUAAUAACUUUAUUUUUAUAUCAUGUAUGUGAUCAUGAAUUUUUAUUUUUACCUGUUAUCUUACAGGUUUUGUGAUAUAAUCUACUGAAUUUCUUGUAAGAACAUUUUUGAAUUGUGUAAUUUAAGUUUUAGGGAUAUUUAAAUGAAAAUUUGAAGUCAUCCAACAGUAAAGAACAUGGUCAGACUGAUCAGGCUAGUCUGGAUGUAUACUGGUUGCAGGGGCUAAUGGCUCUCUCUCUCCCAGCUGCGUAAGGGGAAAAAUCGAGGGCUUAGUGCAAAAGGGUUGUCACCCAUAUGACAUAAAGAUGAAGUUACAACCCUUUUGCCCCAAGCAGUUGAAAUGUGAAUCUGUACAUAGUACGUUAUGCAAUAUCGGUA